GUUUACAUGCACGCUCGUUCCGCACUCGCAUCCUACCUAAAGGGGCCUUGACCGACUCCUCUUCGGCCGCAACGUCCAACAGCAGUUUUUGCUAUUUGAUAAACCUGUAGUUCAACUAAAGGCAAACACAAGCCCCCCCUCCCCGAACAACUGUGCAGAGGCGACUGAUCUGAGGACAGAAACGAUGGCGGAAUCGGGCAGCAGCGCGCCAGCGGCCGGAGCCGCGAGCUCGAUUAGCAGCGCCGCCGGUGCUGGAGGAGCCGUCGCGCCCGCGGGAGCGAAUGGAGCAGCUGGAUCCAAGCCUGGCCUUGAAUCGGUUAAGGGACAAAAUUUUGACGUUGGACCCCGUUACACCGAUCUUCAGUACAUCGGAGAAGGGGCCUACGGGAUGGUCUGCUCAGCUUUUGAUAAUGUGAAUAAGAUUCGAAUUGCUAUUAAGAAGAUCAGUCCAUUUGAACACCAGACUUACUGUCAGCGCACCCUGAGGGAGAUCAAAAUCCUGCUGCGGUUCCGUCAUGAGAACAUCAUCGGCAUCAAUGACAUCCUAAGAGCACGGCACAUUGACUCUAUGAGGGAUGUCUAUAUCGUACAGGACCUGAUGGAGACGGACCUUUACAAAUUGCUGAAGACACAGCAACUCAGCAACGAUCAUAUCUGCUACUUUUUGUACCAGAUCUUACGAGGGCUGAAGUACAUUCAUUCUGCCAAUGUGCUGCACAGAGACCUGAAGCCCUCCAACCUUCUCAUCAACACCACCUGUGACCUCAAGAUCUGUGACUUUGGGCUGGCGCGGAUAGCCGACCCUGAGCAUGACCAUACAGGGUUUCUUACAGAAUAUGUAGCAACUCGCUGGUACCGUGCUCCUGAGAUCAUGCUUAACUCCAAGGGUUACACUAAGUCCAUUGAUAUUUGGUCAGUGGGUUGCAUCUUGGCUGAGAUGUUGUCAAACAGACCCAUCUUCCCUGGCAAGCACUAUCUGGACCAGCUUAACCACAUAUUGGGUAUUUUGGGCUCUCCCUCUCAAGAGGAUCUGAACUGCAUCAUCAACAUGAAGGCCAGGAAUUACCUCCAGUCUUUACCCCAGAAACCGAAGAUCCCAUGGAACAAGCUGUUCCCCAAAGCGGACAUCAAAGCUCUGGAUUUGUUGGACCGCAUGUUAACCUUUAACCCGAACAAACGUAUAACUGUGGAAGAAGCACUGGCCCAUCCUUACCUGGAGCAGUACUAUGACCCCUCUGAUGAGCCAGUGGCUGAGGAACCCUUCAAUUUCAAAACGGAGCUGGAUGACCUUCCUAAAGAAAAGCUCAAAGAGCUAAUCUUCGAGGAGACUGCACGCUUCCAAGCCAACUACCAGGGCUCCUGAGAGGGAAAGCUAUCACAGAGAAUGAUCAAGCAGAGCGGAGUCUCAGAUAAAGACAACUCUAGACAACCUGCGAACACAUAUACAUGCAUAUAAACAUAAAAAAAUCAAGAUAAAAAGAGGAAAAAUGUACAUGUAAAACUUUCAGCUUUCUUUCAGCUGUACACCUCUCUUGCUGGGAAGCUGUGCGCUAUUUCAGGCAUAUAACCUCUUAUCAUAAUGCCAUUAACAGGGCUGUCUGGCUCACUAUUGUUAUUGCAUACUGCACACAGCUCCUACUCUCUCAAACAAUUGCAUCUUUCACUCUUUCUAUCAGUACUCGGCUUCUCCUUAGUUCGUUGUCUUUGUUUCUAUCCGUCUCUUUCUCUUCAUGUCUCUCUAGAGGGUGUCUUUUUACUGGGCUGUGUUGUUCUGGGUGUUUCUCAUUCAAACAGAGAGAGAGAGAGAGAGAAAAUCUUGACGAUGGGCACUGGACUGGUGUUUGUAUAUAAGUGAUUUUGAAUUUCUUUGGAGUAUUGUUAGUUGGACAUCUGUUUGUACACUGUAAUUUGAACGUUACGAUUGGUCGCGAAAUGUGUUUUGUAAUGUUGGGAAUUUAUAUUUGAAUAUCUUUUGGAACUAUACAGUCAUUACUUGUUUUUUUAUUCAUUCCAAGACAGGUUGCAUUUAAUGAGCUUGGAUGUUUCCUUUUAUGUUAAUUUUUUUGUAAAGAGAGAAAGAAGUCUUGGUAUGAUCAUAGGUGAUAAGUGUGGUGGAGAUGAGAGGAAAGUGAGCAAGAUAUGGAUUAAUUAUCCCGUUAUCAUCAACUGUAAAAUAUCAUGUUCUACUGUGGAAAAUGUAAACUUUCUUGCCAAUGUUUUUGGAAAAUUAAGCCAUCAGUAUCAUUUUUUUAAGCUGACUUCCUCUUUCAUCUGUUAAAUUUUCUCUCGUACAUCUGAAUGAGGAUCUUUAGUGUGCAGACCUUCAUCAUGUAUUCUUUUUCAUUUUAUGGAUUUCUUUGUGAAUGACAUUAGUUGUCAUUGGUUACCAUGUUCCAAGGCUACUGUUGCCAUGAUUCUUUUUUGAUAAGUCACACAUGGUUCCCCUCGAUCUGGCUUAGUGCAACGUCCCUUACGCUACGUUGAGACUGUUCUUUCUUCAACCUCUUGUUCUGAAUUGUGGAAUCAUAGCCAACGCCUUGAGAGCCAUAGCACAUGUUUUCCUCAUUCCCUCCCUGUGAUGUCAGAACUUUUCAAAGGGCUUUUCCGCAGGGCUUGCUGACCUCAUGCCUCUCUUGCUUGUGAUUGGCUAUCCUUGUUAAUUUAGUCUCUUGAUUGGCUGACUUUGCAUGCAUUGCAUCACAUGUAAAAUCUGAUUUGCUACUUUUACCUCGGUUCCCUCCAUAUCCUUUAUCAUCCUCACAUUUCUUUCUUACAAUUUUAUGGCCAACUUUGAAUAAAGAAGCAUGAUGAAGUGAGAAGACUUAAAAUGGCACAUUGUGCUGCUGUUUUGCAUAAAUGCAGGGUGUGAUUUGCAUAAAUUUAGACCCCCUUUAAAACUCAAUCGACACAAGACCCAGGUGCAGAGCAGAUUCACCUUCAUUACGUGACUUUAGCCAAUCAGUGCACCUGCACUUUGUGUCUCAUGACCAAACGUUUUGUGUCCGCUUUCAGUUUGAUCUAUUCCUGCAUCCUGUUUCCUCCUUUCUUUCUAUUUUCUAACUACGCUUUCAUCUUUCUGGAUCUUAGUCUCCCAUACAACUAAAUAGGGUGAAGUGUAAUCUGGUUGGUUUCAUGCCAUGUCGACGUCUGUUUUUUCAAGCCAGAAGCUGCUUCUCUCUGCUCCCUCAAGGAGGGGAGAUCAUCCAAUUCUGUGACCUGAGGGAAAAAUGUCAUUACCAAGGAAAGGGUUAUUAUUUAUAUUACUGUAUUGUCAAUGGCAAUGAUAUGCUCAUUAUGAAUGGGACCAUUGGGACUGUCAGCAGUCUCUCACAGAAAUACACACACACACAUACAUUGAACUGAUAUGCACUCAACACAUUUACGGAUGUAUUUUUCAGAUAUAUAUAUAUACCUGCACGCAUACAGUAUAUGAUUUAAAAAGCCUACAAAGGAGGCAGAUUUCAUUAUGUCCUUUUUAAUGGCUGUUAUUAUGAUUUUUGUUGGUGUUAUAUUGGUGAGGUUUUUUAUUUUAAAAACUAAAAAGGGAUUUAAAACUUUUGUCCUUUUAAAGUAUAUUUUGCAUUUCUUUUGUUUUUCGCUUUGGGUGUGAAAAAUAAUUGGCUGUUCACUCUUUCUGAAGUCUAUUUUUCCCUAAAUCUUGUAAGGAAUUAUUUUAAGUGAUGAUUUAACAAUAUGAGUAGAUUCUCAAGAGAAAUGAGCUAUGGAUGGUUAUAGUCUAUGUAUAUGCUUAUGGGUAUAAUAAAUUAAAAGAUUAACAAAAACAGAAUUAUAUACAUAUUAAAUAAAAUUCCUGAUACUGUAA